GAGCUGAGCUCCGUGAGAGAGAGGGUUCCAGAAAGUGAGGUCAGCUGUCCGGCGCUGGGCGCUCCAGGGUCGUGGUCGUGGCGAGCGACAGAGGGAGCUGCCGCUGCCGGACUCCGGCGCGCCCAAGCCCCAGCCAAGGCUGGAGCAGCUGCUCUCGCAUGCCGCAGUUCCCCUCCUGGACCGACCAGAUCCCUUGGAGAAGGUGGGGAACUGCAGGGCGUGCGGCCGGCUGGGUUCAGCGCUGCUUCGCCGGGAUGCCGCAGGAGGUCGUGCAGGCGUACAUCAAGACGGGAGCCCGAUGCACACUCGUCGGACAGAGAUUCAAGGCACACCAACAAACCUAUGGAUGAUGAAGUCACGGGAGCUCCUUCCAUGCCGAAGAAAACCUUAGAUGCUGGUUCACAUGAGAGGGCAAUUCUCUACCGAUCCUGAUCGUGUGAUCCACAAUGGAGUAGAUAGAUAGGAGAAAGGAUGUUCCAUGCAAAAAAGAAAAGAGAAAAGAAAGGUUGUUGGAAAUUUUGGCGGCAAUCUGUCGAUACACUGGAGAAAGAAAGGCUGUUUUGCUGAUUUUCUGUAAUUAGAGAGAUACGACUUGGUUGUUUGAUUGGCGGGGUCCACCAGGCCACGUGUUGGCAGCUGGUUGGCCCUGCACGAUAGUGGAUCCCAGCAGGAGAGCCCGACUCCUUUUUUGGGGGAACUUGCAGGAGACAUGGAUUUGGCAGAAUCUACAAAGGCCCUGUUGCAAGUAUGGAAGGAACGGGACAUUCAGAUGACGGUGCUCACCAGCCUCACGGUGCAACUCUUCCUGCUAUUCACCGGUGACCUCCGGAGGCGCAGAAUCAGUGGGUUGCUUAGGUCCAUAAUUUGGCUGGCAUACGUGGGUGCUGAUCCUGUUGCCAUCUACGCCAUCGGCCUUUUUACCGAGGAAACACAUAAUUUAAGAAGGGAGCAAUCAUCGGGGGAUCAGACGCUGCGGCUCCUUUGGGCACCCUUUCUCCUCCUUCACCUAGGAGGACAGGACACCAUCACUGCCUUCUCCAUCGAGGACAACAAUCUGUGGCUGCGGCACUUGCUCAAUCUGGUGCUCCAAGUCACUCUAACCUUGUAUGUCUUGUGGAAGUCGUUUGAGAAAUUGGAAGUGCAGCUGCUAGCCAUUGCCAUACCAAUUUUUGUUGCUGGGACAAUCAAGUACGGGGAGAGGACAUGGGCACUCUAUAACGGGAGCCGAGACUACCUCGGUAGUGGCUACGAGAGGGAGGAGAAACCGCGACGGGAUUACAGAAGUACUCAUUGUGGUGAUGUCAUGGCAACUUAUGCUCUUAACACGGUACUCCGUGUCAGAGGAUUGCUUGUGGGACGAACAUUGUUCCAACUGGGAUGGGAGAGUCAGAAGGAGCUGGUGGGUGAUUUCGCAGUGCAUGGACAGAGAGAAGGGAAGCUCAAGAUCGUCAUGGUGGAGCUUGGCAUGAUGUACGAUCUCCUCUACACCAAGGCCGUGGUGUUGCAAAGCCGGAUCGGUCGCAUACUCCGGUGCUUUGCCGAGAUGUGCAUGGUGGUGGCCUUUGUGCUCUUCGUGGCAAACCCCAGGUUGCAUGCCCACCACAGCAGAGCCAAUAUCGUCAUCACCUAUACAUUGUUUGUUGGGGCCAUGUUUAUGGAAUCUUGUUCAGUCUCCAUGGUGAUAGUAUCAGUCUGGACAAGGGCGGGAUCGAAAAAAGGCAGCUUUCUCUAUUGGUUGUCUUGCAGUGCUUCCUCUCUUUGGAACGCCGUCAUGCGACGAUUUCAGACAAAUCAGCAGCAGCAGCCGUCCAUGGGGCAAUUUAACCUUGUAGACUACUCAAUUUAUGAGAAAUGCAUGCCCAGCCUCAUCUCCAAGGUCAUCACUGCACUGGGUCUGGAGAAAAAAUGGAGAAAUAUUUGGCAUGUCCAUCACAUCAAGGUGGACAACGAGAUGAGCAACUACAUCGAGACAUUGCUCUGCUCUGGGGUGGGAUCCCAGCGGCUAAAUCUUGGCCGGGAAAUGAACUAUGUGUUGAGAGCUCCUUUCGAGCAUGCCCUUUUCCGUCUACACAUCUUUACAGACAUGCAUUUGAGCAGGGUAGACUUACCAGGAGACGAGGAGACGGCACAGCUUGCGGCGGAGUGCAGGAAGCUAUCACAGUAUCUUAUUUACCUGAUGGCGGUUUACCCUUCCCUGUUGCCGGUGAGCAACGCCGCGCAAGAUCUUGAACACUUCUACGUCAAGUGGGUCAGAGACAAUACAGGCAGCAAUACCAUGAGAAAGCAAGAGAUUCUAAACAAGUAUGCAACUGAAAAGCUCUACAACGAGGAGGCCUACUCGAGGUCUCCCUUCGAACUGCUACCUCCUUCUGCGGAAUCGUUGAGGGUGAUAAAGGAGGUGUGGGCGAGGCUGCUCAUCUACGCGGCUGCCAAGUGCCCCGUGGAGCUACAUGCGCGGCAGCUCAGCGACGGGCUCGAGCUCCUCACCGUCGUCUGGUUGCUUAUGCUGCAUCAUGGUGCUGGGGAUGUGGGGUGGAGGGAGGUCGACCUCGUGGCAUCUGAUGACUCUGCUAUGCCUACAGCGGAGGCACUGGUGCCGUGCCAAGGAAGUAACUGGAUACGGCGUCAACCCAGGCAUCUCUACGCCUUUGAGUUCCAGCAAACACAAGAAGCGACAGCAUUUGUGGCAUCUUGGGCUCCCCUGCUUCCGGCAGAUGGUGUAGAUUUGACGGAGGAUAUUUUGCAAGGAGUGAUGUUCGGCUCAUUGCAACCCGCAGUACCCUCGUCACCAACGAACAACUCCACCGAAACAACAUCAGAGAUAGAGGAAACAACAUCAGAGACAGAGCAAGAUGGUCAUGUAGAACGGGGCAAAGAGCAUGCAGUGGACGUACCACCGGAGAUUGAGCACAAGGGCAAAUGAAGAUCGCGCGGGUGUGAGCCGGCCUGCAGAAGAACAUUUAUAUAGCUUUAGAAACUAUGUUGAGAUGAACUUGUGAGCUGAGUACCUCUUCGCUAGCUAGCUUCCAUUUCCUGUUGAUUCAGUCAGACCACCGUGUCUACGCAGUGUGAGUGGGUUACAAAUUAAGUUCAAUUAGCUCACAGGUUUGAACAAUGGGCGAGAUCGUGAUCCGCUCGCGGGAUGGCAUGAGCAAUGUGGGUCCUCGAUCGGCUAAGCACGCCCUUUGUAUUCAUCAGAAUAAAAGGAGGAGAACUGAGGAAGAA